CUGCGUCACAGGGGGUCUGCAAGGUUCAAACAUCCAUUCAGUAGCCUGCAAUAUGGCUUCAACGCAGUUUUCCCUAAGAUCCUGUCUCCAAGGAGUCAUUCAAUAUGAAAAACUAUUCUACUUAGAGAACAGAUCCUGUUAAUCUUAAGAGGGUCUCACUUUGUAACUUAGGCUACCUGACACUCACUAUUGUAGACCAGACUGGCCUCAAACUCAGAGAUCUGGCCACCUCUGCCUCCUGAGUGCUGGGACUAAAGGUCUGUGCUACCAUGCCCACAGCCCUUGACCUAUCAUUUAUGGCUGCUUUUGUCACAGACUAAAUGGCUCAUAAAACCUAAAGCAUUUAUUCACUUGGUCUUGGGCCAAACAUUUUUCUGGACUUAUUAAGAGGGCGAUAUAGAAACUGUACAUGUGAGGAUUUCAGACCAUGAAGCUCUAAGAAAGUGAAUUUGAGGUGGAGAGAUGGUUUCACAGUUAAAAGCAUUCGCUGCUCUUCCUGAUGACCCAGGUCCAUUCCCAAGCUCACAACUGUCUGUAACACCCUGGGGGAUCCAAUGUCUUUUUGGCCUCCAUGGGGAGAAAGAAUAAAUGUGCAUGCAGACAAAAUCCUCAUUCAUCCAGAAAAGUAAAACAUUCUCAAAAGGAAAAGAAAAACCGGGCAUGGUGAUGUGCACCUGCCUAGAACAUUGUGGGGCAGAUGAUCAGGAGGUCAAUGUCAUGCUUAUAGGUUUGAAGCAGCCUGGGCUACAUGAAAAGUCUCCCCAAAGCUGAAUAAACAACAAAAGGGCCGGAGAGAUGGCUCAGCAGUCAAGAGUAGAUUCCUCCAAGUUGUCCUCUGACCAUCACAUAUGCAUUGUGGUAGUGUGAGCACUCAUUACUUCACACACACUAACAUGAAUGAGGCUGGGCGUGGUGGUGCAGUCCUUUGAUCCAGACAGGUAAAUCUCUGUUGAGCUCAAGGCCAGCCUGGUCUACAAAAAUGAGUUCCAGGGUAACCAGGGCUGCCUAGUGAGACCUUGUCUCAAACAAAUCCAACCCUAGGUGAAUUAGUAUUAAUUAAAUGUGAUGAUCUUUAAAACCCUAUUUAUCUUUCAUGCUAUAAAAAUACAUGGGCCUUGGAAUGUAUGAACCACCACUGGAGAGAGACAGGAAGGGAAAGCAUAGAACCCAGGUGACAAGAAGCGCCAACACUACGGAACGUAGACAGGGCUGACUACCCCACCAGAGGGAAGACUACAUUUUGCUGUUUCUGAUUUCCUAUGAAAUCUGGUAGCCAGAACUGAAGGGGAAGGCAGAUUUGCUGGGGUUGGGGGAUUAGCCUGUAGUCAUGUAGUCAUCCCAGAAUACUUUCUAAAGAAAAGGGAAGCUGGGCAGUGGUGGCCAUGCCUUUAAUCCAAGCACUUGGUAGGCAGAGGCAGAUGGAUUUCUGAGUUUAAGUGAGUUCAGGCCUAUACAGAGAAACCCUGUCUCAAAAAAAUAAAAAAGAAAAGAAAAAGGAAGAAGAAAGAAGGAGGAGGAGGAGGAAGAGGAAGAGGAAGAGGAAGAAGAAGAAGAAGAAGAAGAAGAAAAGGGUAAUUUAGAUUCAUUUCCUUUCUCUGCUCAUUGGAGUUUGUGGUAACAAGCCGUGUUCUCUGAUGCUUCAACUAGAGUCUAGGAUGUGGCCAAAGCCUUCUUUUGUUUGGAAAAGCCUUUAGCUAUUCAUCUAGACCCUAAUCAUCUGCCAAAACCUUCUUGUGGUGCUGGGACAUGCGCCCCACCCUGUCCACCUUUCUGAGCUCAGGUCUGUUCUUUGUACAAUGUCCCCUGAGAGAACACUGAGCUGCCCACAAAGUGCAGAGGAUGGACUGGUGUGGGCUGCUGUCCCUUCCUUACACCACAGGCUGCUGCCACUCAGCGCAUUUGCCCACCCCUCCACAAUGGAACACCCUCAACACCCAGACACAUUCUAUUUGUUGGAAUCAAGCUACAUUCUAGAACCUUACCCUCUCCAAUGCCUUCCUCACUCUGGAAUACACUGCUGUUUCUGACAGAACACCCUAGCAUGGCAGGAUUUUGCUGGCUCUGGACAGUGACCGCCUGCUCCAGUUCCUGGGUCUGACUUGAGAGCAGGCUGCGCCCAGGAUGCGGUGGCGGGACCGCAUCGCUGUGCUGUGCUUCCCUCCCGGCCUGAUGCUCACUGUAGCUGCACUCAUUCUCUUCUUCAUACACAUGGGUGUCUUUGCUAGUGACGUUCACAACUUCUGUGUCAUCCACCACUACGACCGCAUGAGCUUCCGAUACACGGUUGUACUGAUAUUCUCCCAGGUGAUGAGCAUCGGCUGGGCUGCCAUGGGGUCACUCUACGCAGAGAUGACCGGUGACAAGUUUCUUAGAUGCUUUUCUCUGACCGUCCUAAUCCUCAAUGGAGCCAUGUUCUUCAAUCGCCUGUCCCUGGAGUUUCUGGCCAUCAAUUACCGAGAGGAGAGACACUGAGGCCUGGGGAUUGGGGACAGGACUAAGAAGGGAGAUGGAAAAAGCUGCUU